GUCACUUUGACAAGGCUGCUAACUUUCUAGUAAAGCUAUUAUUAGCCUGUAAGUGUUAUUAUCAUUCAGUGAUACUUGACAGAGUACCGUAAACACCACAGGAGAAAAUGUCUUUCAUCUUUAACCUCAUCACUGGUAGCUGUCAAUUCGUGCUUGAUUUUCUCCGAAGACUCUUUGGUUUUAAGUCGAGACCAGCCAUCACCCUUGAAGAUCCCGAUGUAAAAUACCCAUUGCGUCUUGUUGACAAAGAGAUUAUAAGCCAUGACACAAGAAGAUUUCGAUUUGCUUUAAAAUCACCCGAUCAUGUUCUUGGACUUCCUAUUGGUCAACACAUCUACUUGUCUGCCAAAAUUGAUGGCAACCUUGUGGUGAGGCCUUACACGCCGGUGUCUAGUGAUGAUGAUAAGGGCUUCGUGGAUCUAGUUGUCAAGAUAUACUACAAAAAUAUCCAUCCAAAGUUUCCAGACGGAGGCAAGAUGUCCCAAUACUUGGAGAGCCUUCGCAUUGGUGACACAAUUGAUUUCAGGGGACCAAGUGGACUGCUGGUUUACAAAGGCAAAGGAUCGUUUGCAAUCAGGCCAGAUAAGAAAUCAGACGCUGUGAUAAAAACUGCUAAACAUGUUGGCAUGAUUGCUGGGGGAACAGGCAUUACUCCCAUGCUCCAGAUCAUCCAAGCAGUCAUGAAAGAUCCAAAGGAUGACACAGUGUGUUACUUACUCUUUGCAAACCAGACAGAAAAAGACAUUCUCCUACGCCCUGAGUUGGAGGAGAUCAUGGCCAAUCACCCGACACGGUUUAAGCUGUGGUACACCGUCGACAGAGCACCAGACGGUUGGGAGUACAGUCAAGGCUUCAUCAAUGAAGACAUGGUGAGAAAGCACCUUCCUUCACCCGGAAACGAAACACUCGUCUUGAUGUGUGGACCUCCUCCCAUGAUUCAGUUCGCCUGCAACCCAAGUCUGGACAAGGUGGGCCAUUCCAAUGACAGGCGCUUCAUGUUCUAGAUGGUUCUACAGGGGAAUCAUCUGAAACCGAACAGAUUAAGCUUUAACAUAUUGCAAAUAAAUCCAGCCAAGCUACUACCUGGCUAUUUAUAUAGUCCAAAAGAAUUGGAAGGGUGCAAAAUAUAUGAGCUGUUUACCUGAGAAGCCUCCGCAUGCAGAAAUCUGUUAUUGCCAAUCAUUAUGUGUUUUAUGCCUUAAAAGCAAACAAAAACAGUUGCUUUCAUUAUGUGAGCAGGUGAUGUUAGAAUGAAAUCACUCAAUAUGAUUCACUUUGCUUUAUUUAUGCAUCUUAAAAAACACCUAUAUUUGUGGAUCAUUAUUAUUAUUUUAGUUUGCGGUGUUGCACAUUUUUCCAUCAACAGCAACAAGCUGUUUGUUAAACAGACAAGGUUUCUGUUCAUUAGUUUUACACUAUGCACAUUACUGUAAUCUUGUGACAGUGGAGACUGGUUUUCUUCCGUUUAACAUGUGUAUUUGUCUUUAUUCUGGUCCAUCACAAUAGUUUGUCUCCCUUAUCUCAGUCAGUUUAUCAGUCCGUUAGGGGAAAAAUGCAAUUGGGAGUUUGAGAUGAGAGAAAGAAACUAACAAAACACCAACAACCAGAUGGUUAUCUUUGUUAGGCUGAAGUGAACAAAUCAAGAUGUCAUCUAACAAUAUUCAGUCUGUCCUUUGCAUUAAGUGCCUUUCUGUCAACACAGUUGCAUUAAGUUUGAUUCACUUCUAGUCUAUCAUUCCAUACAGGUCAUGCUCAUAUUUUUAUUCCACUGCCUGUUUGCAGUUCAUGUUACUUGUGUGCAUGGACAAUAAAUAAAAAUAUUUUGCUAUAAUAUUACAUUAAUCAAUAAAAUAUAAACUUGAGUUUGCA